CCAAUAAAAGGAAGUGCAAAAUUGUGCAGCAGAACAACAGACCGAGAUCUAUCACGAUGCUUCGCCUGGCAGUCUUAGUUUGCGCUCUCUGCUCGAGUCAUGCUUUACUUUUUAGUACCAGUGCAACUGGCACGUUCAGAGGUAAUCGGUACGUCAAGGGAAACGACUAUGCAGUGGUGCUGCUCUAUGACGUCAAAGGUUACAUCGCAGGCAUCCAAGCCUCUAUUCCUGGCAAUCAGACCGAUGGGUUCCCCAAACACAGGAGCGACAAGAUCUUUGUGAAGGAUGGGGACCGCUACACAAUCACAGCUUACUUCGUGGAUCCCUCCACUAUCUGCACCACGGGUAGAUCAGCGGCACAGUUCUCUUCACACGGCACGGGUACAAACUUGUACAUCCAAAAGGACGAGAAUCCCGAGGCUAGCACAAUGAUCCCACACCAGGAGACUAACGUAAAGAAAGUUUCUGAAUGGACUGAAGGAAAGUGUUUCUUAACCAUGGGAAAACACUACUGGCACAGUUUGACAAAAGACAAAAACAUGGACUGUAACAAAAUGUUGCCAGUUUUCCUCCUCUACAACGGGGGUGAACUCAACGGUUUUGGAUGGGCCAUGAAUACCAACCUUGGUUCCCCACGAUACGAGCACCCUACUAAAACGAGUAUUCCCAGCUUCAUGCACACCGUACCAACGUGUCUGCUAAAUGCACAGCAUCUGUCAACUAUGCACAUCUACUUUACCACCCAUGUUGAGCUGGAUCUCUGCUGAUUACACAUGCACGCAUUACUUAUGUACCUACACCACUGACUUUGACUUUGGUGUAGAACGAACGAUUUGUUCAUUGCAUAAAGAUGAAUACGUUUAAAAAGUCA